AUGAGUCUCCCCUUCGGUGCACGCGCAAAAGUCGUCUCCGUCCUGCUUGAAGAUGUAUCAUGUCGGGCCACACUGGAAAUGGUCCGCGACGGACUCGUGACAGUCACCGACGCAGACUGCUUUGUGGAUGAUAAUGGGCCAGGCUGCAACCUUUUCGAGAUCCCAGACUGCCGUGUCUGCGCCCUGAUGUCUGAAAGUGUUGCAGAUGAUGUACCGCUGUGCGUGUUGCUGGAGGUUUUCAACCAGGAGAGCGAGCCGUUUGGUGACGCGUCCGUUGAUUUCGAUUAUGACGAGCCUCAAAUUCCGCCACCUCUGGUGCCUGUGGAACCCACUGAACCGGUGGAUCCUGUGGAAACCCCGCAGUCGAGUGAGAAUGAGAGCUACUCGUUCGUUCUUUCCAGCGACGACUCCAAAACGGAAUCUUCUGUCUGGGAUGGUACCGAAAGCUCGACAGACUACGCAGGAGAGUGGAACGUGGGAGACGAGCAGAACGACCUCACUAAGAGUCUGCGUCCUCAAUCGUAG